UUUUUUUUUGUAAAAUAGUAAAUUAUUUUAUGUUCUGUUAUAUUGUAAUGUCUUGCAAUACAACAACAGACUUAGAUUCAUAUUUAAACAGCAUCAUGGGUAUGUUUUGGUGUGGAUUUAACGGGUUCAACCAAUUGAACAUUGAAUCGAACGUCAACUUGGAUUUUCAUGCUCAUGGUGACAAUGGAGAUUAUGGUGAAAUUCUACAAGUGGCUUUUUCUUGGAGUACUGCUUCUAUUUUGACAAGUUCUGGUAUAAUUGUUGCAAGUGGCCUCAUCAACAAAAAAAUUAUCAAUUUUGAAGUAUUGGAUGAUUUAGGAUAUGGUCCUUUUAAAUCUAUUUCUUCAUCUGAAUCAAAGAUAUUAGCUAUUGAUUCAAUUGGCAAAUGUUGGUCGUAUUCAAAAUGUAAUGGCAAGUGGAAAGAUAUUACUUCAAUAUUACAAAGUGAAAAGCAAGUCUCUGUAUCCAAAAAUCAAAACCAACAAUCUAUAAAUUAUGUAUGCUGUAGUGAUACAAUUCAUCUAGCAGUUACACAUAAUGAAAUUUAUUCAAUUCCUACUAAAAUAUUCGAUUCAAAAUUCAAAGUCACUCAAGUAGUGUGUGGCUUUGAACAUAUUGUUAUUUUAAUGGAAACUGGUUGCUUAUAUACACAAGGAUCCAGUAGCCGAGGUCAAUUAGGUCAUGGUGAAUUAAUUGAAGAAGAUUAUCCACGGCUUUUAAAAUCUUUAGAUGGUAUUCGAGUGAUUAAUACUUCUGCUGGCGGUUGGCAUACUGCUGCAAUUACAGAGUAUAAUGAUCUAUACAUGUGGGGCUGGAAUCAUUCUGGGCAACUAGGAAUUUCAAAUUCCCCAGAAAGUGGUGGUAUAAUAAUGGCUCCAGAACCAGUACUGAUUAAUUGGCCAGAAGAGACAGAUAUUGAACAAGUGAGUUUGGGGGCAAGACAUUCAAUGGUUCUAUCUAAGAACAAUAUACUUUGGGGUUGUGGGUGGAAUGCUCACAAACAGCUUGGUAUUGAGACAUACCAAUUAACUUGUGACCGAAUGAUUAAUUUGAGUAAUUUAUCACCAUUGCUUAAAUGCAAUGUAAGGAAAAUCGUCAAAGUAGUAUGUGGCGCAUGGAACAGUGCCUUGUUGUUAGGUAAAUGAUAAUUUAGCCCAUAAAAAUAAAAUAAUACUGAGAUAUUUGUAAUUUUAACUUAAAUGUGUGAAUUAGUAGGUGGGUUUUCUGGAAAACAGUUUUUAGGAAUAUUGGAUUUGUUGUAAAAUAGUCUAUGUUCUUCUUAUUACUUUAACUCUAAAUCAUAAAAUCUUUUUACAAGGUUGUAACAAUUUCGUUUUAUUUUUACCUAAACAAUUUGUCUCUAUUAAAACUAAAUAUAUUAUUUUCAAAUUAAUAUGAGAUAUACAUUUUUAUACUAAGCAUCAAAUUUAAUUAAUUUGAGACAUCCUGAAUAUUUAAAUUAUUUGCUUCAUUAUAUUUUUAUUUAUACCACCUAUAAAUAUUUCAAUAAUAAUAUUUGAUUAAAAAUCUAUUUAUGGGGGUACAUUUUAACUUAUGGGGAAAUUAAUAUUUGUAAUAUUUUAAAUUAUCUAGAGUUGAAAAAGAACAAUAGUUUUAAUAAAAAAUGUGUACUUCUUCAUUGAACAAAAUAUGGUGUGGAUGGAAAUAAAAUAAGUGUUAAACAAUUGGCAAGUUUAAUUGACUUAAUUAUGUAUAUAAUAUGUAUUAUUGUUUUUUUUUAUAUAAUUUUAUUAUUUUUGAAAUAAACGAUUCAAAUAUUA